CCCUCUCCUUGAUCUCUCUGGCCAGUUCGUUCAACUUUCUACCCCCUGUUGCUGCAUUUUAGCGCAUUCACGUGCUGAUUGUCGCAAACGCGCUUUCUGAACAUUAUUGGCACGUCACAAUUAAGCAGCAUUUCAACCAUCAACGAUAAAUCGCAAAACAUCGAAUCCAUCGGGAUUUUGGCUUCGGGCUCGAGAUCUAAUUUCAAUACAGCGACUGUUACAGAAUGACGUCCCACGAUGUGCGCCAGAUGCUGGACCUGCCUGGCGAACCAGCUCCACGACCAGCAAAGAAGCAGAAGAUUUCCGCCCCUCGACCGGUCCUGAAAGGUCUGGCGCGCGAAGUCCAGAAUUUGAGCGGCGACAAUCCAAUAGCUAUCGUCCCGGAGGUUAUGACGUUCAAAAAGAAGAAGUUCGGGAGCAGGAAACCGGCCGCGAAGUGGGAGUUGAGAGGAUUCAGGAACUCGGCCAGGAACGGAGAUCCGCUCGUCUUGCACCACUGGAGGAGGAAGGCGGAUGUUGUGCCUGGUGCGGAGGAGGGAGGUGCUGAGCAGGCUGAUAAGCCGGAACCGGUGUUGGAAGAUUCGACGUUUGCGAAGUUCAAUGUUCAUGUCAACACGCCUCAGUAUACGGAUGAGCAGUAUAACUUGGUGCUGCGGAGUAAUGACUGGACGAAGGAUGAGACGGAUUAUCUUUUACAGUUGGUGCGGGAGUAUGAUUUGAGGUGGCCUUGUAUUUGGGAUCGAUACGAUUACCAGGUUCCAAUAUCACAAGGAGAAGGCGAAUCUAUGGAGGGUGUUAUGGUUGCACAGCCGAAAGUUCGAAGUAUGGAGGAUAUGAAAGCAAGAUACUAUGCUGUGGCUGCGGCUAUGAUGAAGGUCAACACUAAAGUAGAGGUUAUGAACCAUGCGGAAUUCAACUUGCUAGAGCUCAUGCAGGGUUAUGAUCCACUACAGGAAGCAAACCGCAAGAAGUUUGCAGAAGCGGCAUUCAGGAGGACGAGGGAAGAAGCUAAGGAGGAAGAGAGUCUUUUGGUGGAAUUGAAGCGUAUCCUGGCAAGAUCAGAAAGAUUGUCCGAUGAACGAAGGGAGCUCUACCAACUCCUGGAAUCGCCUCCAAGCAACGGCACAGUGGCAAUUUACCAAUCGAGUUCAGGUCUCUCACAACUGUUCCAACAACUAAUGACAGUCGACAAGACGAAGAAGAGGAAAUCCCUCAUGGGCGCCGAAGGCGUCAGUCCAGCUCCUGGCCCCAGCGGGCCAAGUCAACAAGCCAGUUUCGACCGCCGCGACAGUAGCAUCCGCGAAUCUAUUUCAGGACCCAGUGGAAGCAACGCACCCAAUAACAAAAAGGGGCCCGCACAGCCCCAAACAGACCGUCGACAACUCACCCCCGAAGAAGAGAUCAUGUACGGUGUCAAGCGGUUCGAGCGUAUUACCACCAGCGGGCCUUCAUUCCGCCAGGAAAAGAUCAGGAAGCCAAUUGUCAGCAAAUCGCAAACGCAGCAGGCGAAGAUCACCAAUGUGCUUACAGAGCUGGGGAUUUCCUCCACGGUUAUCUUCAUGCCUACAUUUGCUGUUGGCGAGGCUUGGGAUAAUCUCCUCGCAGGCGUCAAUUUGCUUCUUGAUCAGAAGAAGCAUAUGGAUAAGCUGCAGGGUGAAUUGAACACUGCGCUGAACAUCAAAGCAGAGCGCGAGAAGAAGGAGAGAGCUGAGCGUGGAGAACCGGAGCCUGAACCUGAAGUGCAGCCAAAUGGUGAAGCAGAGCUAAAAACAACAGCUGAUGCAAAUGCAAAUGUAAAUGCAAAUGCAGAUGCGAGUGCCGAGGCUAGUACUGAGCAGACUGCUGAGAAGAAAGCAGAUGAGGGCGCGGAUGAGCCAAGCUUGAAGGUUGAGGAGGAGAGGGAGAAGAGCGCUGCACCUAGUGUGAGGGGCUCGAGUGCGAAUCAUAAGAGAAGUGCGAGCGUAUUGAGUGCGGUUAGUGACAAGGAUGCGAAGAGGCAGAAGAAGUAGUCUUUGAUGCAGCAGGGCUGGGCUGGACUGUACAGUAUUUUAGCUUCUUGCUUGUGUUGAUUAUCGAUAGAUCAAUUAUGAGAGCUGGCCAGUAUGGCUUUAGCUAUGUCUACUGCAAAUUACUUCUGCUUUACGUUUACUCCGGUGUCUGCCCCUUGGCCGCUCAAUCUAAUAGCAACACAAACUAAUUACAUGUCUUGGAAAUGCGGUGAAAAAUUAAGGUUCUCGGUAAUUGGGGCUCAGGGUUAGCGAGCUCAGCUG